UAAAAAGGACGCUAGGCGUGGCCUCGUGGUCUUUGGAGGCUGCUGGUCUCCGCGUGUGUUACGAAGUUGCUGCAGAGGGCAAGAUCCCCUUUGAUCUCUGCCGCAAUCCCUUCCCCACCCCCCACCUCCCCUCUGCCUUGUACAUUUCCCAGGACUAGUCAGUCUGCUGCCUUACCUGCUCCAGAAUUCUCAUUUCUCCGGAUCCCUGCUGAGGGAGCAUGCCGAGGCAACGGAAGAGAGCAUGCCAGGAUACACCUGAGCCUGAAACAGAGGCGCCAGCAGGUAAACUUGUCAAAGCCAACAAGGCUGAGAUUCCAGCUGAGCCAUUGGGAGAAGCAAAGACCUCUGACUCCCCAGAGAAGAACCGGGCCACUAAAGAGAGUGGAAAUGAGACAAGCCGUUAUUGGCUAAUGAAAUCAGAGCCAGAAAGCCGGCUGGAGAAAGGCAUAGAUGUGAAGUUUGGCAUUGAGGAUCUCAAAGCCCAGCCCAGACAGACAGCAUGCUGGGAUGGUGUUCGAAACUACCAGGCUCGGAACUUCCUGAGAACAAUGAAGCUGGGAGAGAAGGCCUUCUUCUAUCACAGCAACUGUAAGGAACCAGGCAUCGCAGGCCUUGUGAAGAUUGUGAAGGAGGCCUACCCUGACCACACACAAUUUGAGAAAGACAGCCCUCAUUAUGACCCAUCGAGCAAGAAAGACAACCCCAAGUGGUCCAUGGUGGAUGUCCAGUUUAUUCGAAUGACCAAACGUUUUAUUCCUCUGGCUGAACUGAAGGGCUAUUACCAUGCCCACAAAGACAUUGGUGGUCCUUUACAAAACAUGGCUCUCUUCACCCGUCAGAGACUCUCAGUGCAGCCUGUGACCCAAGGAGAAUUUGAUUUUGUCUUGAGCCUGGAGGAUAAGAAGCCAAGUUAAUCAGCAGCUUCUUGUUCUCAAACCAAGUCUUGCCUCUCUGACGAGGUGAAGGGGAUUUGGAUUUGCUGGUUACUUUUUUUUCUUCAGCGCUGGUCUGUCUGUGUACCUGGUAUAUGUGUGCGUGUUUUUUUUUUUAAUUAAAACAUCAAUAUCAAAGGACA